GACGCAAUCACGUCAGACCGUUCCCCGGAUGAAGCCGAGUUGUUAUGACAACGACGGUCAACGCACACCAAACGCUUGAAGAGUUUGAUUCAUGGACGCCGGGGCGAGCGCGUACCUUAUAAGACCGAAUUAUAAAGACAAGUUCAAGGCGGUUCUGGCGAAAGAGUGUAUAGGAGAAAUCCUGCGGGAGCAGCUGUAUGGAGCGCAGUAUGAUCCGGAGGAGGCUCCCGCGUUAUCCAGAGCUCUAGCAGACUCCAUUAAAAACAAGCUGCGAGAUGUGGGCUUUGACAGAUACAAGCUCGUCGUGCAGGUGGUCGUUGGAGAGCAGCGUGGCGAGGGAGUCAAGAUGGCUGCACGCUGCUUCUGGGAUGCAGAUACAGACAGCUAUGCUCAAGAUAUAUUUAUGAAUGACAGCUUGUUCUGUGUGGCUGCUGCGUUUGGUGUGUAUUAUUACUGAAGACACA